CUCUGUGAUGUCAAAUACGUACGAAGGAAUAUAUUUACUUAUAUACUCUUUGAAUAUGUUGUAAUAGGUACUACAACUCGAGUUGUUUAGAAAAAUAUAUACGUACUUUUAUAAAUUAAAGAUUAAACAAAAAAAUGACGUUAGUCGAAUAUAUAGCCUCCUUGUCGGCUAACCCUUAUUUUGGUGCCGGUUUCGGCUUGUUUGGUGUUGGAGCCGGAGCGGCAAUUUUACGCAAAGGAUUUCAGACUUCUAUGUUAUUAUUUCGCAGACAUUGCAUGAUAACGCUAGAGGUACCUUGCCGUGAUAAGUCUUACCAGUGGUUGUUACAGUGGAUUACUCAAAAAGGAGCGAGACACACACAACAUCUUAGCGUAGAAACAUCUUUUCUUCAAAAGGAUAGUGGUCAGAUAAAAACUAAAUAUGACUUUAUUCCGAGUGUGGGACAGCAUUUCUUUAGAUAUGGAAAUACAUGGAUAAAAGUGGAUCGUACAAGAGAACAGCAAACUUUAGAUCUUCAUAUGGGAAUUCCUUGGGAAACUGUCACUCUCACUGCUUUUGGAAGGAACAAACAGAUUUACUAUAAUAUUCUUGAAGAAGCAAGAAAUAUGGCACUAAAGCAAAACGAAGGUAUGACGAUAAUGUACACAGCGAUGGGUUCUGAUUGGCGACAAUUUGGACAUCCCCGACGAAGAAGACCUUUAAAAAGCGUAGUACUGCGAGCUGGUCUCGCUGACAAAAUUCUAAAGGACUGUUUAGAUUUUAUAGACAAUCCUCAUUGGUAUACAGAUAGAGGAAUUCCUUAUAGACGAGGCUAUUUGCUAUAUGGACCACCGGGAUGUGGAAAAUCUUCAUUUAUAAUGGCUUUAGCAGGAGAGCUAGAAUAUAAUAUUUGUGUACUAAACUUAUCUGAAAGAGGCCUUACAGAUGAUAGGCUAAAUCAUCUUCUGAGUGUAGCUCCUCAGCAGUCAAUAAUAUUACUUGAAGAUAUUGACGCUGCGUUUGUGUCCCGAGAAGACACGCCAUCACAGAAGGCUGCGUAUGAGGGUCUCAAUCGUGUAACAUUUAGUGGACUAUUGAACUGCUUGGAUGGCGUCGCCUCUACUGAAGCGAGGAUAGUGUUUAUGACUACGAACUAUUUAGAAAGAUUAGAUCCAGCUUUAAUCCGCCCAGGUCGUGUAGACAUGAAAGAGUUUGUUGGAUACUGUGAUCGCGAACAAGUUGAGUUAAUGUUCUUAAGAUUCUAUAAGGAUGCCGAAUACGCCAGAACGUUUGCAAAUAAGGUAAUGGAAAAGCAAAAGAAUGUUAGUCCGGCGCAAAUACAAGGUUACUUUAUGUUUCACAAACAUUCGACACAUACUGAAGUACUUUCCAACAUUGAAGCAAUAUGGACACUUGGAUAAUAUCUGUGAUACAAUGGAAUUAGUUGAAAUUAAUAUAAUUAUUAUAAUUAUUUU